AUGUUUGUCCCCGCUGAGGCUCCGUGUCAGCUGAGCUGUGUGACAGUCACAUGAUAUCGUGUAUGGUUUUUCUGUUAGUAUGUAACAUUUCACAAAUAUAUCGACAUUUAUGGAUACGUCUGCUGAUCGGUUUGUCUAAAGGUUUUGUGAAUGUUAACCUAAGCAUCAUCAUGCCUUUGACAGCAGCUGUGAUCAGUGGGAUUCAGAAACUGGUGCUCUAUGAAACGAGGGCUAGGUAUUUCCUUGUGGGCAGUAAUAAUGCACAAACAAAGCAUCGCGUCCUGAAGAUCGACCGCACCGAACCGCGAGACCUGGUCAUUAUUGAUGAUAAGCAUGUUUACAGUCAGCAAGAGGUACGAGAACUGCUGGGCAGGUUGGAUUUGGGCAAUCGCACCAAGAUGGGGCAGAAGGGAUCCUCUGGCCUAUCGAGAGCCGUAUCUGCCUAUGGCAUUGUGGGUUUUGUGCGUUUUCUAGAGGGUUACUAUGUUGUGCUGAUCACCAAACGUCGCAAAAUGGCUGACAUCGGUGGACACUCCAUAUAUAAGAUUGAAGACACGACUAUGAUCUACAUUCCCAAUGACUCUGUCAGAGUUACUCACCCUGAUGAAGCCCGGUAUGUGAGAAUUUUCCAGAAUGUGGAUCUAUCCAGUAACUUCUAUUUCAGUUACAGCUACGACCUGAGCCACUCGCUGCAGUAUAACCUGACAAUCCUGCAGAUGCCCUGUGAACCUCCAGAGCCUGAAGAUCUGAACGCCAGCAGACAGGACAGCUUUGACAUCUUUGAAGAGGAGGGCUUACCCACUCAAGUCGUGUACGGUUUAAGGAACGAACCCUACGCUAAAUAUGUGUGGAACGCUCGCCUGCUGGAGAAAGUGAAAGACAUCAUACAUCCUGAUUGGCUGUUGUACAUCAUCCACGGUUUCUGUGGCCAAUCCAAGUUGUUGAUAUACGGGCGACCGGUGUAUGUUACCUUAAUCGCCCGCCGUUCGAGUCGCUUCGCAGGGACUCGAUUUCUCAAGAGAGGAGCCAACUGUGAGGGCGAUGUAGCGAACGAGGUUGAAACGGAGCAGAUUGUCCACGAUUCCUCCGUCACGUCGUUCGCGGCUGGUAGUUUCUCUUCAUGUGUUCAGGUCAGAGGGUCGGUUCCUCUCUACUGGUCUCAGGACAUCUCCACCAUGAUGCCCAAACCACCCAUACGCUUGGACCAGGCUGACCCAUAUUCCCAUGUAGCAGCUCUUCAUUUUGAUCAGAUGCUCCAGAGGUUUGGAUCACCAAUUAUAAUUCUUAACCUGGUCAAGAAACGUGAGAAAAGGAGACAUGAGAAGAUCUUGAGCGAUGAGCUUUAUCCCACUAUCACAAACCUUAAUCAGUUUCUUCCUCCUGAGCACGGCAUCGAGUACAUCGCCUGGGACAUGGCCCGCUACACCAAGAGUAAACUGUGUAAUGUUUUGGAUCGGUUGAGUAUGAUUGCUGAGAACGUGGUCAAGAGGACGGGUUUCUUCGUCAACAGACCUGACUUCUACUGCCACACGUUACGACCUGAUGAAAGAUGGGGUGAUCUCGGGGGGAAGGUGACACCCAACGGCAGAUUACAGACUGGAGUUUUGAGGACAAACUGUGUGGAUUGUCUCGAUCGAACCAACACGGCACAGUUCAUGGUGGGAAAAUGUGCCUUGGCGUAUCAACUCUAUGCACUCGGGUUAAUAGACAGACCCAAACUUCAAUUUGAUACUGACUGUGUGAGAUUGUUUGAAGAGUUGUAUGAGGACCACGGAGACACUUUGUCUCUACAGUAUGGAGGAUCUCAGCUGGUCCACCGAGUAAAGACGUACCGCAAGAUCGCUCCCUGGACGCAGCACUCCAAAGACAUCAUGCAAACGCUGUCUCGUUACUAUAGCAACGCUUUCUCAGAUGCAGACAGACAGGAUGCUAUAAAUCUGUUCCUGCAGGUUUACCAGCCGUCUGAAUCCAAACCUCAUCUCUGGGAACUGCCAACAGAUUUUUACCUUCACCACAGUAACACCAUGAGUCUACCGCACAACCGACAGAGUUACACACACUGGUGGUCUCCAGAAGUUUUGCUGUUUCUCCCAUUACCAUCUGAUGAAGGAGCGAGCGAGAAGAACAUGAAGAAGGUCUCGGUGAAGCGCGUGAACAGAUUUGACGAGACCAUCGAUAUUUACAGCAGGUUCUUCAGACCGUAUGAGCUCACCUCAUUCGAUGACACGUUUAGCAUCUCCAUGACCAACUCCACAAGGGAUUUUAUGCCGAAGAGCAUCGGGCUUGAUCCCAGUCCUUUCACUGUUCGUAAACCAGACGAGAGUGCAAAAUCAGUGCUGGGUAAUAAGUCAAAUAAGGAGGAAACGGUGUUACAGAGGAAGACGGCGGCCAGCGCCCCUCCUCCACCCAGUGAAGAGCAGAUCUCCAGCAGUUCUGAAGACGACUCUGAGGAAGAUCGUGAAGAUGACGGCACUGCAUCCCAACGCUCUACGCCAAUCAAACUGGCUGAUCAAAGCGACAACGUCCGGCCACAAGAGGAUCAACCGCAGCAUCUUCCACCAGCGAGAGAGACAUACGGACUGAAUUUGUUGGUGUGUCCACCUGAUGAUGAUAUCUUUAUAUACCACAGAUUUGCUCAUCUGGGUCAGAAUCAGCACAAAGUGGAGAGACAUCGAGAUGCCAAGAAAUCAGACUACAUUAUCAACCUCGUUCCAGUGUCGUCCUUCUCAUCAGACAGCGUCUAUGAAGUUUCCUCUCCAAACGUGAACGCUCAGAGUCGACAGGUGUUUCAGUCACACGUUGAGACGGGCUGCGGUCGGGUCAGAACUCUGUGUCAGGAGGACGUCCUCAUGUACCGUGAAUACAUCAAAAACAGAUACAUGUGAAGCACUGGACAUCAUCUGUAUUUCUGUCAGAAUUUGUACAUUUUGAUUCAGCACCACAUUUUUACUUUUAGCAACUACAAGAAAUUGCACACAAAUAUAAUUUUUGCAAAAUUUUAUUUCUGUCCCAUCGUGCCCCACUGCUAAUAAAUGUUUUUAAUGUUUUUCCAUAACCUAUUCGUUUUUAAAAAGAAUUUAGAAAAGGUUUAGCAAUGUCAAUACGACUUUCUCCUUUUUAAAUAACACCCUCAUAGAUGUACUACAGCUUCAGACUGAACUUUAAGUGUGUUUCAUUCGUUUAUUGCCUCUUCUGGAGUUUAAACCUGCAACCUUUUACUAUGUCAGACUAUUAAAGUGUGCUAUUAAAAUUGCAUUUCCAGAAUAUUUUUAAUCAAGAGAUAUUGAUUUUGUUAGUCAGUGUUAAAUGUAAUACAGGUCUUUGUCAGCUGAAAUCACUGCAGAUAAACUAUAAAUGAGCUCACAGUUACAGGUCAAUACGUGUUUCAAGAUGUAUCGAAAAUAAUGAUUGCUUAUUAUUGUUAUUGCUAAUAUUAUUAUAAUAUUUUGCACUGCUAUUUAAAUCACAAAGGAGUACGUUUAACAUUAAAGGACAUUCAAGCAUGCUUUGUAUUAAAUUGCUGGCUGAUUUAAAACUGCUUGCUUUGUGCUGCUGGUUCUUAUGUAUACUUGUGCUGCUCCUGUCAGAGAUUCAGGUUUGAUUUUGAGCUAUAUGUAAUAUACUGAUCUUAAUAAAAUAAUAACCCAAAGAUAAGAGUUAAAUCAUGCUUGUUUACAAACUACUUCAUUUUAGCUAGACUCAAGAGAUCAGGAGUAAAGCUUUUAACAGCAGCUCGAAGACAACAACUGAAAGCUGCCUGCAUGUGAACUGUAAGUCAAAGAUGUUUAUUUGGUUAAUAAAACACAGACAUACUGUAUAACCAGAGACAGAAUAUAAUAAUGCUGUCUUGUUUUGAACUUCAUGUUAUUAAAGGUUAAUGUCACUCAACUAAUGGAAACUUCAGCAGUCGGUAAAAGUUUGUGACCUUUCAAAUAAUGGAGAAAAGCAUUAAAAUGCAAAUGCCAUAGCGUGUAAAAUAUAGUGAUAUAUUUCACUGUAGUUAACUUUCCUUUUGUUCAGUUCAUUUGGCGUCUAGACCUUAGUUUGUUUUUUAAAUAUGAGCUAAUGUGUGACCCUGCCUCUGAAAUCCCAUCUAACAUCAUUAUUUAGUGAUUUACUGUUUUCUACAUAAAAUCAUCCUUCAUACUGUAAAAAACAUUUUGUGAAAAUGGUAUCUUGAUAUCGUUAAUUUUGACUAAAAGUAAAACCAUGUCAAACUAGUGUGAAAUCCAACUUUCAUGCUCCUAAUUUAUUCUGGAUUUUAGCACCGCAUACUAUUAAUUGCAACUAAUCGUUUGCAGAAUAAACGUUUUUGUUUACAUCAUU